AUGGACUUGCGACGUGUCGCUGCCUCCCAAGAGAGAGGCUGGUACCUGAAGCUGAUGGCACCCAACGUCAAGGGGCCCGGUUAUGCCUGGUUGGAUCCCUCACGUCUCUACUGCCACCCUCAAGCUCUGCAAGACUGCAUCAAGAACCUGGUGCAACCAUUUCAGGAUGAGGCAAUUGACCUGGUUGCUGGGAUUGAUGCGAUGGGCUUCAUUCUAGGUGCCACCAUUGCCAACUUCCUCCAGAAGGGUUUUGUGGCCAUCCGCAAAGCAGGGCACCUGUGCGUGGAGACCAUCACUCAGCCUUACAGGGAUUACUCCGCCCGUGACAAGGUGAUGGAGAUGCGGACCGAUGCCAUUGUGCCAGGCCUCCGAGUCUUGCUGGUGGACCAGUGGGUGGAGACCGGGGGAACCAUGCGAGCCGCUAUCCGGCUGGUGGAAGAACAAGGAGGCGUGGUGGCAGGAGUGGCUGCCAUCUGCAUCGAAGACAGCGAGGGAGGGUGCUGGCUCAAAAAGCACCACAAAUGGGCCCACUGCGUCCCACCCCACCUGAUGCCCCAGUUCAAUGCUCACCACCUGGACUCCUUCCAGGCCUUUGAAGCCAAGCGAGGGGUGCAGUAG